UCCUUCUUUCACCAAAACUAAACCACCAUUGUUAUCUAACUUAGAGAGAGAAAAAGAAGAAGAAAAAAAAGAUGGCUCAAGCAAUGGCUUCAAUGGCUGGCUUACGCGGCUCAUCUCAAGCUGUAUUGGAAGGUAGUCUUCAAAUCAGCGGCUCAAGCCGGCUUAGUGGGCCGACUACAAGCCGAGUUGCGGUCCCUAAGUUGGGCUUGAAUAUUCGGGCUCAGCAAGUGUCAGCUGAGACUAAUGAGACUAGCCGCCGAUCUGUGUUGGGCCUUGUUGCUGCUGGACUUGCUUCUGGCUCCUUUGUUAAGGCUGUUCUUGCUGAGGCUAAGUCUAUCCCUGUUGGGCCACCACCACCACCAUCCGGGGGUCUUCCCGGGACAUUGAACUCGGACCAAGCAAGAGACGGUACCUUGCCCUACACCAAGGACAGGUUCUACCUUCAACCCCUGCCUCCAACUGAGGCAGCUCAAAGAGCAAAGGAAUCAGCCAAAGAAAUCCUGAAUGUGAAGCAGUUUAUCGAAAAGAAGGCAUGGCCGGCUGUCCAGAAUGACCUACGGCUCAGGGCCGAAUACCUUCGCUAUGACCUCAAAACUGUCAUCUCAUCUAAGCCCAAGGAGGAGAAGAAAUCUCUCCAAGACCUCACCAGCAAACUCUUUGACAGUAUCAACAAUCUCGACUAUGCUGCAAAGAAAAAGAGCAGUACAGAAGCAGAGAAAUACUAUGCUCAGACUGUAUCCAACCUUAACGACGUUCUUGCCAAGCUUGGUUAAUUGUAUAUCGCUCAUUGUAACCUCGUGUAAGAAUUGAAUUCAUGCUCUUAUAUUAUGAGGAAAACCAUUUUGUAAUGAAAACCCUUUUAUUUCAUGUGUAGUUCCUAAUAAUCUUCAGGGCCGAAACUCGAAAAUGCAUAUAUUUGUGUUACAUUUUUCAGCCA